GACUUUAUCUUCUACUGCUGCAGCCAUUGCAAGGCCAUCUAUCAGUCCCGUAUCCUCAACCUUUUAACUUCACACCCCUGUAUUAUUUGUCAAAAUGCCUCGCGCAGAAGUCGGAACUCCCAAAUACUUGGCCAACAAGAUGAAAUCAAAGGGCCUGCAGCGUCUUCGAUGGUACUGUCAAGUCUGCGAGAAACAAUGUCGAGAUGAAAACGGUUUCAAAUGUCACGCAGCUUCUGAAGCCCAUCUCCGGCAGAUGCUGGUCGUUGGGGAGAAUGCAGGACGACACAUCGCCGACUUCUCGAGCCAGUUUCAGCACGAAUUCGUAACUCUCUUGUCUCGACGCUUUGGGACGAAGCGAGUGAGAGCUAACCAAGUGUACCAAGAAUUCAUCGCAGACAAGCACCAUCUACACAUGAAUGCAACUCGCUGGAUCACCUUGACGGAAUUCAUAAAGUACCUUGGGAGAGCAGGCAUAGCCAAAGUAGAUGAGACAGAAAAAGGGUGGUUUGUGGCUUGGAUCGACAGUAGUCCUCAGGCGCUCGCUAAACAAGAGGCGUCGAUGAAGAAGGAUCGAGCGACAACUUCAGAUGAGCAGCGCGAGCGUAUGCUUAUAGCAGAGCAGAUCGAGCGUGCGGCUACAAAUAACGAAAGUUCGCCAUCUGCUAGUCCUCCAGCGGAGGAGGCGGGACUCAAGAGAGAUGAGGGUGCAGAGAAAGUCGUGUUAUCGUUAUCUAUGAAACCUCCCGCAACUGAACCUUCGUCCACGCCAUCUGUUGUAUCAAUAGGAUUGAAAGCCAAUCCGUUGAAAGCCGCUUCUAAUCCACUAAAGAUGGGCUCGAAUCCACUGAAAGCGAACCCACUUAAACGGACAAAUGUGUUCAAAACGGCUGCGUCGACGAAAAACUCCGAUGGCAUUGAGAAUGCGAAUGGAAAGCGGGCGGCACCCAUGAGUGCUGCAGAAAGACUAAUAAUAGAAGAGCAACAGAGAAAGCGCAGAAGAAUGGAUCGGGAGAGUGUCGUAUGAAUGUGUAUCGAUAGGAUUAUACUGCGGAUGGUAACUUGUAUUGUAAUAUGUUUGUGUUCCCUUUUACUCGAUUAUUUUUAUUGACGCUUUUUGCAAACGCGGCCCUCUCAGUUAUCACCCAUUUCUGUAUUACAUUACAGGAAUAUACAGAAUCCUCUUCCACACCACUCUGAGGAAGUAGUAACUUUUUUCUUUCUCGUCUCCCCACUCAAAAAUUCCUCCUCGCUCAAUAAAUGUUUCUGUCCCCCAGCCAGCAUCUUCCAGUGCAUCAUCAGCGCCGACAUCAAGACUACUCCUUCCUGGAAUUUUCUUGUCACCUUGUCAAUUCAAUAACCUAAAUAGAUGCAUUCAGAGUAAGAAGAAACAGUAUUCAUCAAGACGAACUUUCAACAAACCUCAUCUUCUCGUCUAAAAGUAGAUAAGAUUUUUCCAUUGCCAUGUUAAUUUCUGGGACGAAACGUCCCGCCUGCUUUUGCCUUUCAUGUCUGUCAAGGAAGCUUGAAACUGUUCGGGGGUAAUAACAAGAUCGUUCGCGUUUCUAAGUGCAUUUGGCCUGGUCCCCCUCUAGCAACAACACAUCCCAGUUAUACCGAACGACCACGGUGUUCAACUUGAACCGAAUAUCAUAAUCGCGACACCACUCUGCCAACUGAAACGCCUUGCACGUAUGCACACCCUUACCAUUCUCGUUCCUCCCAAUCCUGAAGUUGGCGUCGUCGUCAAACGAAUCGCAGGAUACACCCAUGAUGUUGAGAUAAUCCCCUCCCAGUCGACUCCUGCUGCAGGUCCUAUUUACAGAACUUCAUGACCUUGCCAAUAAAGCUUGCAGCGAGGAACGGUUCGCCACCUGAGAUGCCGAUCUUUUUAAUCCCUGCAUCAGCGAGCAGCCGUAGGCCCCUUUGGUCUCUUCGAGGACGACUGUUUUGUACAAGGCGUCGAUGUGAAAACAGAAUUGACAUGCGUAGUUGCAUUUGCGAUGCG